GUGUGUGUGUGUGUGUGUGUGUUUUGCAGCAGUGUGCUUUGCCGGCUCCGCUCGCCGGCGAGAAAGCAUCAGUCGUCGCUGUCGGUGUGGUGCUGGCCCCCGCGACUCCUGUUCGCUCUUUUCUUUUUCUGUCCCCUCAUCCUUUUGUCUUUUCUCUCUCUCUCUGCAGGAGCCGCUGCCUUGCCCCCCUCAACACCGUGUCCUCUUUGCAGACAAUAAAAGCUGGAGUAUCUGCCCUGAACCCCCGACAGGUCUGAGCAGACGCCUCACCUCAGCACGUGCCUGUUUCAUCCAUAAUUGAAGACAGCUCUUCAAGGUGACCUGUCCCCUCCCCGGGCGUCCUAGCAGGCAGGCAUGGCAGACGGUCGGCAGCCAGAUGAGCACUGGUCCACAAACGGCCAAGAGAACGGCGAGAACGGCUACUCGGCCUACAGCUCUGCCUACAGCCAGAACGGAUACCACGGUGGGGCGGCUGCACAUCCUGGAACGACAGUGGAUGACUCAGCCAAUUUGCCUCCCUCCCCUCCCCCCUCUCCAUCCGCUGAGCAGAUUGGGCCCGUGGCACAAGCCCAGCCAGAAGAAAGUAUCAGUAAAGCAUCGGUUGGGUCUGCUACGAAAGAAGAUGAGCCUCAGUUGGCAUCGCCACAUCAGAAGCAGAUGGAAGUUGAAAGAGCAACACCCGAAGGUGGAGAUCUCGCCUCAAGUGAACCUCCUCCACUCACCAAAAAAAAGGAGAUCUCUGACACCUCCUCAGUUGAGGAAAGUAACCCAGACAGAAAGGAUGUAGUAGAAGGAGCAGCUGAGACCAAAGCACAAGAAGCAAAACAACCCUUACAGACAGAGGAGCUGUCGAAUCUUAAAGAGGAAGACAAAGAGGGACUUAUAAAAUCAGGCAAAUCAGGAGCCCUUGUGGAUGAAAGUAAGGACAAGCUUUUACUGGUUGAGGGAACAAUUAAGGAGGCCCAAGAUGGUAGCACUGAUAUUAAAUUACAUGAGGCGGCAGUGACUGAUGGUCAAAAAGUGGACGAAAGGCAAGAAACAUCCGAGUCCAGUACAGAACCUGGUACAGAGUCGAAAAUCACUUCAGAUAUUUAUGCAGAACAUGAGUCAGGAGUAAAAACUUACUUUGAGACAUCCUCAAAAAGCCACGAAGAAGAGUCUUCUCAAACCCAGAGUUAUUACGAACUCAGCACAGCAGCAGAGACAAAGCUAAGUGGGGAAACUGAAAGUAUUACACAGAAGCUCGAGGAACAACAGGAGGGAAACGCCAGACUGUCUUCUGGUAAGAUUUCAUUAGAACAGAGGAGUCUUUCUCUCAACAUUACCAUUGGAUCUCCGUCAGGACAGACUGAAGAGAAAUCAAAGGCCCUCUUAGAAAGGUUAUGUCCCAUCAGUGGAAGCUUUGAUGAAUCUGAGGUUUACCCUUCAACACCAUCUGUGGAGAGCCAGCACAAGUUCCCUCCGGCUGUCUCCAUCACCCCAACUACCACUGAUUCACCUGGAGAUACUCCCACCAAGGCAGAUAUGCCUUCACCUUCUGAGAAGCACAAUUAUGGAUUUGAACAUUCAGGCAGUCUCUCUGAUAUGUUGGACCUGGCCGGGGCCUUGCCUCGGCCAUCAUUAGAGGUGAAGGAGCUCGAUCAGUUGAGACGAAAGUCCAUGCCCAACAAUGUAUCAGCUCUGGUUGGGAGUUCUUUGGCCAAGCUCGCUUUGGGAGAUCAGACUUCGAGAGCUGUAGGAGGGGAAAGUCAGCUAGAGGAAAUGGGCUACUGUGUCUUCAGUGAGUACUCUGGGCCCAUGCCUUCUCCUGCUGAUGUACCCAGUCCGGGGGACUCGCCACACCAGCGUUUCCCUUCAGUGGAGGGGGAAGUUGAGGAGGAGCUUGCAGCCACGGAAGCAGAAGAUGUUCAAGAUAAAAAGCAACAACAAGAUCAGAAAGAAAUUGUCCCUGAGAUGUCGCAAAAAUCAGUAUUUGAAAAGAAAGAUCCACCAGUAAAGACUACCCUGAUUCUUGAAAAAGCUGUGCCCAGUGGAGUAAAACCUGAUCGCCUAAGAAUCCCAAUGAAUUCUUCAAACAACAGACUGACUGAGUUUCGUUUGGAGACUGGCCUACCUGGAGACAUAAAGAUCCAAGCAAUCCCUGAGGUAGACAUUGAAAAAGACCCCUCCAGAGAAGCUUCACCCAUCCCACCAGACAAUUCCUUUACUUUCAAUCUUACGGAAACAGGAGGCAAGGCACCCCAAACUCCAAGCACUCCAAAGUCCCCAGCUGAUAUACCCUCAGAAACCCAAAUCACUGGAGAGAAGGCAGGUAAGGAAGUUUUACCAGAGGUCAAAGCAGAGAACGACCCAGAGGCUGAGAGGAUUGAUAAUAAACAGACAGAGUCAGACAAGGAAAUGCAGAAAUCAGAGGAGGGGAAAUCAGAAGAAAGAACAGAAGCAGGAGAGGCGUCAUCUCAGUGUUUAGACAGCAAAGAAAAAGACGACAAGAAGAAUCCAGUUGAGCAAGAGACGCCUAAAAGAUCAGAAACAACAGACAAGCAAGAGACCUCAAAACCAGUUCAGGAUUUAAGCACUAAAAAACCCUUAGAAAUAAAAGAAAUCCAGCUACAGGAGGUAAAUAAAUCCUCGCCAAAGCCACACAUAACCUCCCCAGUCAUCAUCAUACCUCAAGCACAAAUAGAGGAAGAAGCUGAUGAAGACGAUGAUAUUGAGAUUGCUGAAGAGCCUCAAGAGAUGAUGGAGGAAGAUCAAGUGCCCAGCAAGACCGAUCAAGCAGAGGAGAAUCGAGUCAAAGAAGCUGGGAAGGAAGAGCAAAAGAAGGAGCUGGUGAGGCUGAUGGUAGGUGAUCAAAUGUUGGAGGAAGAUCCGAAGUCUGGAGCAGAAGAGUGGAGUCAUAGCGCCAUCAACAGUGAUGAUGGGGAGCCUGCGACGGACAGUUCGCACCUGUCUCCAUGCUCUGAUCACGAUCAGCCUAAUGAAGGUGGCAGAGAUCAAGACAUCGGAGAGGUUUUGCCAGAAGACACGCAUGAAGGGAAUAAAGAGCAGGGCGAGGUGGGAAGGGAAGAUCAAGCAGGGGAAAAGGAAGUGGAGGAGGUCAGUUCUGAGGGGGCAGAUAAAGAGAAAGGGCAGAUAGAAGAAGAGAAGAGAGAUAUUGACAUUGGUCAGGAGGUGGAUGAAACCUCUGAAGUGCUCUGCGAGACCAGGCAGGCAGCUAUCGAUGAAACCACCAUGGACAUCUCCAUCCUAGAUACAGACAGUGGCUGGAUGGACUCACAAGAUGAUGACAAAAGUAUCAUGACCGAGCAAAUCGAAGCCCUUCCUCAGACCCAGAGUCCUGCCAGUACACCUGUGGUGGACAGACCCGCUAAACGGGCCCCUGGCAGAGGAAGGGGCCGCCCUGGCACCACUGAGAGUAAAUCGUUCCGCAAAGUAACCAGCCACCAUCCGCCAAGAGACGAGAUGAAGAAGAAAAAAGUAGGCCUGAGGAGGGCUGACCAGAAUAAGGUGUCAGCCCUCCAAAGUCGUUCUCCGUCUCGAAAGAGUGUAGCCAAAGCGGCAGCCAGACACCCUAGGCCCGCUCUGCUUCACGGUUCUGCUAGACGCAAGGCCACAGGUAUGGAGAGCCAUCAGCCCCUCAGUGUGGCCCACCAGUCCAGGGAGAGGACCACUGAGAGAGCGUACCGCAGCCCAGAGAAGAGGUCGUCCUUGCCCCGGCCCGCCAAAUCUCUGACGCGCCACAUACCUGCUGCUGAGCAAGAGGACGGCACCCCCACCAGGCCGACCUCGUUCCAGUCCAGAGGUGACAGCAGGUCUGGGAGAACCCCUGGUAUGGCAGGCACAGACUCGGCACGUUCCCGGUCGGUCCGCAGCGGCGCUUCCACCCCCGGCUCCUCCGCCGUCACGCCCGGCACGCUCCCCAGCUACACCUGCCGCACCCCCGGCUCGCGCACCCCCGGCAGCCACACGCCCAAGUCCUUCAGCGUCCUCCAGGAGAAGAAGGUGGCGGUGAUCCGGACCCCGCCCAAGUCUCCUUCCUCCGUCCAGCGGCAGCUGAAGGUUCUCAAUCAGCCCCUGCCUGACCUGAAGAAUGUAAAGUCCAAAAUUGGGUCCACUUCGAACCUAAAGCACCAGCCGAAAGGCGGACAGGUUCAAAUUAUGCACGAGAAGCUGGACUUCAGUCAUGUUCAGUCAAAGUGCGGCUCCAAGGAUAAUCUGAAGCACUCGCCCAAAGGAGGCAAUGUCAUGAUUCCAAGCGUUAAACUGGACUUUAGCCACGUUCAGGCUAAAUGUGGCUCCCUGGACAAAAUCCAGCAUGCAGCCGGCGGUGGAAACCAGGUCCAAAUCCAGACCAAGAAGAUCGACGUGAGCCACGUCACCUCCAAAUGUGGUUCCAUGUCCAACAUCCGCCACCGACCAGGAGGAGGUCACGUGCGUAUUGAGAACGUGAAGCUGGACUUUAAGGACAAGGCACACGCCAAAGUCGGCUCCCUGAGCAACGCCAGCCACACCCCCGGAGGCGGGAACGUCAUGAUCGAGAGCCACAAGCUGUCCUUCCGGGAAUCGGCCAAAGCUCGGGUGGAUCACGGCGCCGAAAUCGUCAUCACCCACACCCCCGGCGCUGAGACGGGAGGCACCUCCCCUCGGCUGUCCUCUGCCGGCAGCAUCAACCUCCUGGAGUCGCCCCAGCUCUCCACGCUGGCGCAGGAUGUCACCGCCGCUCUGGCUAAGCAGGGCUUAUGAGCUGCUCGCCUCUCCUCCGAUAAAAAGAAAUCUCCUCCCAUCAUUCACUCAUCCAGUGUUCUCCCGACUUCCUUCACUGCAACAUGACCUCCCACACGUCUGACCCCCCACAGAUGUAGCCGAUCGACCUUCAACGACUCGUCGCAGCGGGAUUAAAAAAAAAAAAAAAAGAUUAUUCUUCACUCUGUACUUUCAUUCAUCUUCACUCAAAUCUGGACUUUUAUUCUGUUUUAAGUUCUAGUUAGCUCGAAUGCUAAAAGUGUAAGUGGAUGUGUUUGUCAGAGAAGGCGGUGAUGGUUUUACGAUUGUACAGUUUGUUUUUUUUGUUUUUCUUGUUUUUUUAAGCCUGAAAAGCAUCACGUUCCACUUCGGAUUGACGCUCAUGCAUUUAAAAAAAAUGUCCAUUCAGAAUUGAUAUGGUACUGAAUGCAAGAUAUAAAACUACUAGAUAGUCGACGCUAGUCUUUAAAGAUACAGCAGCGUGAGAGACUGAGAGGAACCUGCAAAAAGAAUGGCUGACGACGAGCAUGUCUGCUAAAAAAAAAAAAUGAUGUUUUCUUUUUUUUUUUUGUUCGUGCGUUGGUUUUAAUCUCAUGAUUGUUGGACGAACUGUUCUGUUUCCUUUUUAUAUAUAUGUCACUGUAGUGGAAGAUGUUUUUGUACGUUUCCCCUCGUGGCUGCACUGGCUUAUUAUAGCACUCCGACGUGGGUAACCAUUGCAGUUGUGUCGAGUCAAGCGCUAAAAAAAAACAAAAAAAAAAGAGGCUAGCUUUCCAAUAGAUUCUUCUCUCUUGUUUUUUCUGUUCGGGCUGCUCUUCUCAAUCCGUCUUCUACGUUAGCUCUGUGGUUUUUAUUAGGCUGCUGUUACGCUGGCAUGGCAAAACAAACGAUACGUAAAUUAGAUCUUGAACGGUUUUAGUCCCGGGGAUGCUCCCCUCUCCUCCCUCCACCUCCUGAUCUCUCUACUCCUGCAGACCGACCGGCUCGUACGAUGUGUGUUUUUGAAAGUUUUUGUUUCGAAGCUUUAUGAGAAACAUUCCACUGACAGAGCAGCUACCGAAAGAAACGAAGAAUCCUCAGCUCACAGCUGUUAGAAAAAAAAAAACAAAAGAAUAAAAAGCAAAAACCGUUCUUGCAUAUUCUCUGCUCACCAUUGUGAACCUCCUCCCUGAUGUCAGCCCUCCUCUUCCCUCCAGUGUUUUAUCUGUGCUUCCUCUUUCCUCCCCCUCUUCCUCCUCCUCCCUCAGCCUCCCCCCUUUUGCCUGUGUAAGUGUAUUUAAAAAAAACAAAAAAAAACAAGACCAUGUAGAUGUGUGCACACUUUUUUCCGAUGUUUGAGACGUACUGAUGACAAAUGCUCCUACAGGAUGACGACAACAGAAAUAAAGAAAAAUAAAAACUGG